CGGCCUCCAUGGGCGCCUAGAGGACCCCCGGCCCCCGCCCGCCCGCCGCCCGCCAUGGGCGCCCCCGGAGCCGCCCUGGUGGCCAGCCUCGUCGCGGGAUUUAUGUUCCUUGGUACCACUGAUGCUCAGUCAAAGCUGACAUCUGAACAGAAUGCCAUAAGCCUCUCUUCCGGCACAUACAGCCACUUGGAUCGUGCCACUAACACAAAGCUGACUUGUGACAAAUGUCCCGCAGGAACCUAUGUGUCUAAGCACUGCACAACGACCAGCUUAAGAGAGUGCCGCCCAUGCGCCAGUGGAACAUUCACAAAGCAUGAAAAUGGGAUAGAGAGAUGCCAUCCAUGUAAAAAGCUGUGUGAGCCGCCGAUGGUUGAGAAAACCCCUUGCACUGCUUUGACGGACCGUGAGUGCAUCUGUCCGCCUGGUAAAUUUCGAGACGGUGAUGCUUGCAAAUCUUACUCCGUGUGCCGCGUUGGGUGGGGCCUAAAAAAGAAAGGAACUGAAACAGAAGAUGUCAAGUGUAAACCUUGCCCUCGUGGCAGCUUCUCUGAUGUGCCUUCUAGCAUGCUGAGAUGCAAAACAUUCACUGACUGCUCACGAGCAAAUAUGGUUGUGAUCAAACCAGGGACAAAAGAGAGAGACAACACUUGUGGACUUUCACCAGCUUUUCUGACUGGAGCUGGGCUUUUGUCACGACCAGAAGAGGGUGGAGAACAUUACAAAGUUCCUUCUACUUUUCUUUCCAAAGGUGUGAACGCUUCGGUUUCCAAUUUUUCUGCCACCCCUACCCCAAAUGUGUCCGUUGACAUGGUGGAGCCAACCAACAGCUACAAUGGGACUUCAAAGAAUGAGACUGUAGUUGUCAACGUGACUGAUAUGGGAUAUGCUACGCCUUUGAAUCACCAGCAAACCUAUUACCAUAAGCACGCCCCUCCCAUCCUGAAAAUACAGCCAGCGCUGGAAAUGAGUGGCAGUGUGAAAUCCAGCAUUCCCUACAACCCCCCCAAGAGAGGCUCUCCAAGGCAGGCUGCCCACAGGCAUUUUGAUAUCAAUGAGCACCUGCCCUGGAUGAUCGUGCUGCUGCUGCUGCUUGUGCUGGUGGUGAUCGUUGUGUGCAGUGUCCGUAAAAGUUCGCGAACUCUAAAGAAAGGACCACGGCAGGAUCCCAGUGCCAUUGUCGAAAAGUCCGUUUUGAGAAAAUCUUCCACUCUGACUCAGAACAGGGAGAAAUGGAUCUACUACUGCAAUGGACAUGGCAUUGACAUUCUGAAGCUGGUGGCAGCCCAAGUUGGAAGCCAGUGGAAGGAGAUCUACCAGUUCCUGUGCAAUGCAAGCGAGCGGGAGGUGGCUGCUUUCACCAGCAGCUAUUCUGCAGACCACGAGAGGGCCUAUGCAGCUUUACAGCACUGGACCAUCAGGGGCUCUGAAGCCAGCCUUGCCCAGCUGAUCAGUGCUCUCCGUCAGCACCGGCGCACGGAUGUGGUGGAGAAGAUCAGGGGCUUAAUGGAAGACACGACACAGCUUGAAGUUGACAAAUCGGCUCUUCCUGCAAAUCCUGCUCCUCUAAGUCCUAGCCCAGCUCCAAAGCCAGAUGCAGCCAUUAUCCCCGUGGACCCAUCUCCCUUGGAGAAGAACAAGUGCUUUUUUGUGGAUGAGUCAGAACCGCUUCUGCGUUGUGAUUCAACCUCCAGUGGCUGCUCUGCUCUGAGCCGAACAGGCUCCUUUAUUACCAAAGAAAAGAAGGAUACUGUGCUGCGACAGGUGCGCUUGGACCCCUGUGACCUGCAGCCCAUCUUUGACGACAUGCUUCACAUACUGAACCCAGAAGAGCUGCAUGCCAUUGAAGAGAUCCCACAGGCAGAAGAUAAGCUGGACAGGCUUUUCGAAAUUGCUGGUGUCAAGAGCCAGGAAGCAAGCCAGACUCUCCUGGAUUCGGUCUACAGCCACCUGCCUGAUUUGCUCUAGACUGGCUCACCAAAUGAUUGCACGCUGCACACAUAUUCUGGCUGCUACUUGCGCUCGCUUGGCGCCUGUUAAAGUCAACAUGCCAGCAGGAUAUUUUGUAGAACUUGUGGCCAGUAUUUUCUCCUAGGUUUUGCUUUUUUCUUCCUUGCCGGAGGAGGGAGGGGCAAUGUGCACCCUUUCAUGUUUAUUAUCUGAAUUAAAAGGUCUUGUUUCCCCCUCUUAAUUACAACAUUUUAACCUGUCAUUCUAACCACUUAAAAACAACCACCACAGAUAUUAUUUUCAAUUUUAUCUGUUGAAUUUGGACUGGCUUCAUCUACUUCUAAUCUCAUCAUCAAUUAGGGGUGUUUUUUGUUCUUCUUUUGAUGUUUUAUGUGUGGGUUUUUUUAACUCCAACUUGAAAUAUAUAUAUUUUUUCUCAUGGCAGGUAUUUUUAAUUCUCAUUUACUGCCCUGCUCAUAACUGGAAGCUUAUGUGAAAAACGGUUGUCAGUUUGAUCAGCUUUUCUUAAGACGUUAUAAAGAAAAAGCACCAGUACUGCUGGAUGAUUCCAAUUGUUGAUGUUUUACGAGCUCCUUGUAUGGUUUCCAAGUGGACAAAGCAGAUAUUGGUGGGCGACUCCUCCAAAACAUGUUACAUGUAAUUUCUCCAGCCUUCAAGAUAAUGACAUUUUGGCCUGCAGAUGAAUGUAAUUCUGUCCACUCAACUCAAGAGGAGUACUUUGCCUUGCCAUUUUAGGAUUUCAGUGGGCUUGGUAAUUUGGGUCAUUUUUGGAGUAGCACCUGGAGCUGGACUCUGGAAGGUAAACAAGAACCCUGGCAGGGCCACAUUUCUCAUUCUACAAGACUUAUUGAUUUGUGCUUCAAAUUUUUGUCUUUUUGUGUGUGUGUUUUUUAAAAAAAUCUAUACGGAUGUGGCCAAUAGGUUUCAAAUACCUCACUUGGUCUUUGCAUUUCCCCCCUCCACACAGACAUCACUUUUUAUUAAAAAUGCUGCAUUGUAAGAA